AUGCAGUUAGAAACGGACCCUUGUGCACCGAAUGCACACGACCCCGAUCCAUGGAGUUGUAUGCAACACAUACAGUUAGAUGCAGAACAGAAUGCUCAUUCCAACCCCGCGCACGCGACGUCGGCGUGCACCCAUUGGAUUAACUGCAUUGACCGCAACAAGCACCUAUUGCAGGACUGCACGACGCAGCCGUGGUUUUUGCAAUUAAAAGCGGAUUGGAAACAAUAUCUGCGCGAGCACAUGGCGGCAGACGCAGACAACGGGCACCGUGCAUUCGGUGAAUUGGCAACCCUGCCGAUGAUGAAACUGUGGUUGUGGAAAGCAUGGGUAGCGCAACAACAUCGGAAAAUGAGUGUACAUAGCCACGAGGCGUGGUUUCAACGUUUGUUCAAUAAUGUAGAGGACCAGACAGUACCGCAAAACGGCGACGUACCUGGAGUGGGAAACGACUUAGAAGUGGAAAAAGUAAUGGAAGCAGAAGAUAGCGUCCGAGAUUUACCACGGUCGCAACUGCAUCAGCACCUUUACAUGAACAAACGGUUAACCGCUAAAACAUUGAUACUGAUCCUGGCCUUAGUCAUAGAACAGUGCGAGCUUGAAAGCCGUCUGCAGGAGACGGAGUUAUAUGUAGAUGAACUAUUGCAAAAGCUCUGCAAUUAG